GUUAUUUUCUCUUUUAGGAUUGUUUCCAUAAUUAUCCUUCUUUUCUUUUCUUUACCAAUAAAGAAAUGUCCAAAUGAUGAAGUUUGGCCAUCCUGGGUCUUAUAUUGAUUAUAUAUAAAUUUGCUGUGUUAACUUGCACACAUGGUCCAUGAGAAAGGAAUGGACCAUGGCUAUUAAUCAACCCUUAUACAAUCCAUCAAAAUGAAUUUUACAAUAAAUAUACAAGUGUUGUUUGAAUGAUCCCCCCAGUGCUUUAGUGGUCAAGGAACAUCAGAGAAGACCCAGUGGCAUGCAUGAGUCAUCUGAGAGUUUGCCUCUGGUCAUCCCAAUUCAAGAAACACCAUGUGGAGAGGAAUCAAACCAGUCUUUGGUUGACAAAAAUCUAACAAAAUCCCGUGACCUUGAAAAUGAAUCUUUGAGGAAUGUAUCAUCUUCAGUGGAACAAGAGGCAACAAAAUCCCAGGAACUUGAAAAUGAAUCCAUCAGGAAUGCAUCAUCGUCAGUGGAACAAGAGGCAACAAAAUCCCAGGAACUUGAAAAUGAAUCCAUCACGAAUGUACCAUCGUCAGUGGAUCAAGAGGCAACGAAAUCCCAGGAACUUGAAAAUGAAUCCAUCGGGAAUGAAUCAUCGUCAGUGGAACAAGAGGCAACAAAAUCCCAGGGCAUGCAUGAGUCAUCUGAGAGUUUGCCUCUGGUCAUCCCAAUUCAAGAAACACCAUGUGGAGAGGAAUCAAACCAGUCUUUGGUUGACAAAAAUCUAACAAAAUCCCGUGACCUUGAAAAUGAAUCUUUGAGGAAUGUAUCAUCUUCAGUGGAACAAGAGGCAACAAAAUCCCAGGAACUUGAAGAUGAAUCCAUCAGGAAUGAAUCAUCGUCAGUGGAACAAGAGGCAACACAAUCCCAGGGUUAG